GCACACUUGCUCCACUCUCUAGACCCUAGACUCUAGCUUCGUGAACGGAACGAGCUCUCGCCAUGAACCAAGAGAUUCAAAUAACCAGACAGCCAUCGCAGCCUCAACAGCAUCAAGAGUUGCCACGAGAGGAUGGCACGCCCGUGCAAUAUCACACAUCGCAAGACCGGCAACAGGCGCAAGAUCAAGGCCGCGAAGGCGGCGGCGCGGCCGACCAUCACCACCGGAGUAAGCUCACGCUUCUUCCGCUCGUCUUCCUCAUCUACUUCGAGGUGGCUGGCGGGCCGUACGGCUCCGAGCGGGCGGUCCGCGCGGCCGGCCCGCUCUUCACGCUCCUCGGAUUCCUCGUCUUCCCCUUCGCGUGGGGCGUCCCGGAGUCGCUCGUCACCGCCGAGCUCGCCGCCGCGCUCCCGGGCAACGGCGGCUUCGUCCUCUGGGCCGACCACGCCUUCGGCCCGCUCGCCGGCUCGCUCCUCGGCACGUGGAAGUACCUCAGCUGCGUCAUCAACAUCGCGGCGUACCCUUCCCUCGUCGCCGACUACCUCGGCCGCGCCGUCCCCGCCGUGGCCAGUCCAGGCAGGACGCGCACGGGCACGGUGGUCGGCAUGACGGUGUUCCUGUCCUUCCUGAACUACACCGGGGUGAGCAUUAUCGGGUGGGGUGCAGUGGCUCUGGGCCUCGUGUCCCUGGCGCCGUUCGUGCUCAUGACAGGGAUGGCGGUGCCAAAAGUGAGGCCGCGGAGGUGGACGGCGCAGGUGAAGGGGAGGAAGGACUGGAGGCUCUUCUUCAACACACUGUUCUGGAACCUCAACUACUGGGACAGCGCGAGCACCAUGGCCGGUGAGGUGGAGCGGCCGGAGCGCACGUUCCCGCGGGCGCUGACCGUAGCGGUGGUGCUGAUCGCCGCCAGCUACCUGCUGCCACUGAUGGCAGCGACCGGCGCCACGGACGCGCCGCCGGAGGAGUGGGAGAACGGGUACUUGGUCGAUGCUGCAGGCAUCAUCGGCGGCGCAUGGCUCAAGUACUGGAUCCAGGCCGGCGCGGUGCUGUCGUCGAUCGGCAUGUUUGAGGCCCAGCUGAGCAGCGGAGCGUACCAGUUGCUGGGCAUGGCCGAGCUGGGCCUCCUCCCGGCCAUCUUCGCCCAGCGCGCCACCCGCUUCCGAACCCCGUGGGUCGCCAUCGCUGCCUCCACUGCCGUCACGCUCGCCGUCUCCUUCCUGAGCUUUGACGACGUCGUCGCCACCGCCAACUUCCUCUACAGCCUGGGGACGUUGCUCGAGUUCGCCGCCUUCCUCUGGCUCCGCGGCAGGCGGCCCGACCUGAAGCGGCCCUACCGCGUGCCGCUCCCGCUGCCGGCUCUGGCGGCAAUGUGCGCGGUGCCGUCGGCGUUCCUGGCGUACGUGUGCGUGGUGGCCAGGUGGAAGGUGUUCGCGCUCGCCGGCACGCUCACGGCGUUCGGUGUCGGCUGGCACGGCGCCAUGAGGCUGUGCAGGUCCAGGAAGUGGCUCAGGUUCAACACUGCCGUCGUCGCUGCCGCUGAAGAUCACCAAGGAGAUCAAGCUGGAGACCGGGUUUGAAAUAGUUAUCACGCGCUGGCCUGCAUGUCCAGCGGUUUUCAUGGCGUUUCUUCCUUCCUCGUCCUCCUUCCUAUGUAUUAGUCCAUGCUUUUUUUUUCUUUCAAGGUUUCUUUUGGUGUAUAUUGACUGUAUGAUUAAAUAAGAUAGAGCGACAUGGUAACGUCCUUGUUGGUUGCUAAGUCACCAAAUCAAGAAACGUCUUCGACCAGGAGAGAGAACCGAAGGUGGCGAGACACGUGUUU